AUGGAGGAGAGGAGGCAAUAUCAAAGAGCACAAAGAAGAGAGUAUCAGAGAGAAUAUCAAAGAGAAUAUAGGAGACGACAACGGGAACGUUUGACAGAUGAUCAAAGGGAAGAAGAAAGAAGAAGACAAAGUGAAGCUCGAAGACAAAGAAAUGCUAGACGAGCAGAAGUAACAAUACAAGAGUUGGAAUUUCUAAAUAGAGAGGAAGCUAAUAUUAUUACAAAUAGUCAUCAAAGAACAUCUCAACAACUCUCUCAUAUUGAAAGAGACCAAAGGCAAGAGGUUGAUUCACAUUCAAGUGGGCAGUACAAUCAACCAUCAAAUCAAAAUAUUGAGUGUCAUCUUCAGAAUGAAAGCUCAAGGUCAAUAGAACGAGUUGCAGAGACACCUCGACCUAGAAGUCAAUUUGAGAAUAAUUUGGGUGCAGAAGGUGAUGCACAAAAUAGACAAAAUACAAAUGGAAUGAUUCGAGCUGAUUUUCAAAGAUUUCAAAUGCAAUUUCGACACCAAUUAGAUCGCUUUAGAAUGCCAAGCAUGUGUUAUAUUUGUCAAGAGUGUUAUCUGGGAAUUAAAGUAAAUCGUAGCUCACAAGGUCCUAUAUGCACUAGAUGUAGACAAGAGAGAGGAAACAAUAGAUUUUCAGCUUCAAACAAUAUGGAUCUCGGGCCACAACCAGAAGAACUUGCAAGUUUGACUCAAGUAGAAGAAAUGUUGAUUGCACGUGUCAACCCAAUAUUACAAGUUACACAUGCAACAGGUGGUCAAUACAAAUACAAAGGACACACAAUAAGUUUUCCACAAAAUGUGGAACAUAUUUCAAACAUUUUGCCACAUACAAUAGAUCAUUUGCCAAUCAUUAUUGUUCGAAGAAGGGACCAACGUGGCACAAAUUAUAACUUUACAGUGAAUAGGGAUCGUGUGUACAAAGCACUUAAAUACAAAAUUGAGCAUGAUAAAUAUUAUUCUAAUGUCAUAGUUAAUGAGAAUGCUCUCAAUGAUCUAUCUAGCAAUUUUGAUGAAAAUAUUUUCAACAGAUUGAAGACAGUGCAUAUGGAAUUUGAUUCUGAUGCAAAUGAAAUCAUAUUUGUGGGUCCAAUCAUGGAAACAGAUGAAGGUAAUACAAUUGACCACACAAAUUCAAUGGCUUCUAAACUACCUAAUGCUCAAAAAGAAAUGGAAUUAAUACAUGCAUGGAUUAAUAAUCGUGAUACAAAUCAAACAGCAUUGAUCGAUUGGCCAGCAAUUGGUACAUCUCCUAUCAAUGAGUAUGUCACAUUGGGAUUACUUGAUAUGGCAUUUCCAACAUUGUUUCCUGAUGGUAGAUGUGACUGGUUAGAGCCACGAAUGAGGCGAGUGCAUUUGCAUGAAUUUGUGAAACAUCUACUGCGGUAUAGAGAUCAUCGAUUUGGUCAACAUCCAAGAUUCAAAUAUUUUAUGAUGAACAUGAUUAUGAGACAUCGUGCACAAAAUUCAUCUGCAAUCUUUGUAAAACGAGGUUUUCAUGACAUGCCAAUCACUAUCAAUGAAUUGCGUCAGCAUAUGGAAAAUAUGCCACAAUCCCAUUUGGCAGAUAGGUUGAUGCGGUUUGGAACAUCAUUGAGGGGUACAAGGUCAUAUUGGGCCAAAUGUCGUGCAAAAUUAAUAGACAUGCUUCAUCAAAUAGGCUCCCCUACGAUAUUCUUCACAUUAAGUGCAGCAGAUAUGUAUUGGCCUGAUUUGCAUGCACUAAUGCCGGGAACAUCACCAACCACUCCACGAGAAGCUCAAAAUUGGAGAAAGCAGAAUGUUAUCAACUACCCCCAUAUAGUUCCACAUUACAUGCACUUAAGACAUUCAAUAUUUAGAAAAGAAAUCCUAGAAAAAGGAAUGAAUGUUGAAGAUUUUUGGUCUAGGUAUGAGUGGCAACAUAGGGGGUCACCACAUGUGCAUGGAUUCAUAUGGAUGAAUGGAGCACCCAAUAUGGACAAUAUUGACUGGUCAAAUGAAGAGCAACGAAAACAUGCAGAAAAAUACUUUCAUUCCAUUGUUCAUGCAUGGAAUCCUAGAGAAGAUCCACAUCAACGAAAUAUACAGGCAUUUCAAAAUUUUCCUCUACAUCCAUGUCUAAAAAAUACAAGACAACUUGCAGAGAUAGAUAUUGAUAAGGACUAUGAAGAGAUCCUUAACUGUGUAGAACGACAUACAUUGUGUAGGGAGGGUGCAUGCCUGCGAAAAAAAAGAGGAAAGAUGGUUUGUAGGUAUAAUGCUCCUUGGCCUUUGAAUCUCAGUGGGUCCAAAUUAUAUGAAGAUAUAGAAACAGGUGAAAAAAAAAUUGAACCUGCAAGAAAUGAUGAUAGGGUGAAUUCACAUAAUCGUCACAUAUUGCAAUUAUGGAGAGCAAAUAUAGAUUGGCAACCUGUUCUUUCCAAACAUGCAGUAGUCAAAUAUAUUGCCAAGUAUGCAGCGAAAGCAGAGAAAAGCUCUAAAACAUAUCACCAGAUGUUGAUGCGCCUCUCCAACAUGGAAGACCCUAAUGAUUUAGCUGCUCGAGCAUAUAGAAGGCUUCUGACUGAAACAAUUAUUGAAAGGGACAUUGGUGCUCAAGAAACAUGUCACAUGUUGUUAGAACUUCCAUUAGUAGAGAGUAGCAGAAGAUUUGUUAAUCUAAAUGUCUCACGUGAGGUGUUCAAACCUGUAACUAUAAAUGAUGAAGAGAAUAAUGAAGAGUAG